AUGAGCCUGUCCUUGCUCUUCCUCAUCUUCUGCAGCCACCUGAUCCUCAGCGCUCCGGCUCAAGGGGAGAAGCGUCUCACUCCCGAAGGGCAACCCGCGCCUCCUAGGAACCCGGGAGACUCCAGCGGCAGCCGGGGCAGAAGUAGCGCGACGUCUGCUUCGUCUUCUGCCUCUUCCCCAGUCGCAGCUUCUCCGGGCAGCCAAGGAAGCGGCUCGGAGCACAGCAGUUUCCAGUGGAGCCCUUCGGGGCGCCGGACCGGCAGCCUGUACUGCAGAGUGGGCAUCGGUUUCCAUCUGCAGAUCUACCCGGAUGGCAAAGUCAAUGGAUCCCACGAAGCCAGUGUGUUAAGUAUUUUGGAAAUAUUUGCUGUGUCUCAGGGGAUUGUAGGAAUACGAGGAGUUUUCAGCAACAAAUUUUUAGCGAUGUCAAAAAAAGGAAAACUCCAUGCAAGUGCCAAAUUUACAGAUGACUGUAAGUUCAGGGAGAGAUUCCAAGAAAACAGCUAUAAUACCUAUGCGUCAGCGAUCCACAGAACUGAGAAGACAGGCCGGGAGUGGUAUGUGGCCCUGAACAAGAGAGGGAAAGCCAAAAGAGGCUGCAGCCCACGGGUCAAACCCCAGCACGUCUCCACCCACUUCCUACCCAGGUUCAAGCAGUCCGAGCAACCGGAACUUUCCUUCACCGUCACUGUUCCAGAAAAGAAAAAGCCACCCAGCCCCGUGAAACCAAAGGUUCCCCUGUCGCCACCUCGCAGAAGUCCCAGCCCAGUGAAGUACAGAUUGAAGUUUCGCUUCGGAUGAUGCUCGCCCGGAGCCUUGUGGGAAACCACUCUUCUCCUCAGGACCUUCUGCAGGCAUCCUCGGAGCCCUGAAGGAAACUUUGGACACAGUGUCCAUCCACUGUGCUCGCACGAGUGGAAGUCAGGUCAUUUGUUCCGCUUUGACUGGAACUAAACUGCUUUCUAAAUUUUAAAUAGAAACAGAAGUGGGAUUCUCCGUAGCGAUCCGGGGAGCACAUCCCUUCGGAUCACUAAGGUUAUAAAGGCUUCGCGAUUAGAGGAUGUUUAGCAUCAUGGAUUUUUCAGACCGUUCAAUACCCAGGACUGUGUAUUUUUCUGACUUUUACAGAUUAACCGGA